CCAAUAAUUAUCAUAUAAAACAAAUAAAAAACUUAUAGUAGUCAUUUAACCAUUUACCAUAUUUAAAACAUCUCGUUCCCGCCUAGAAGAAUACUUGACAUCACUUGCUUAGUUAGGAUCUCUCUUUAUCCUUUCCUUAAAGAACCCCUAUUUAUUAUAACUUAUAACCCCAACCAGCAACUAAUAAACACAUCCUUCUUUUCUUGCCCCUUCUUGUCUCUCUCCUAACCCUAGCUCUCCCGGCCCCUAUCUUCUCUCUCGAUCUCUCUCAUGUGGGCGCCAUGGUUAAAAUCACCAAGCAGGGUCCGCACCACAUCAAAGCCACGCCCACUAAAUUUCUCUUGCUCAUCCUUCAAAGACAUCCAAACCCUCUGUGACGAAGAAUCCAAACCCGAACCCGAACCCAAAUCCCCAAAGUCGCCCUCCAUUUUCCACCGGGUCCGGGUCUCCGCCUCAGUCCUCCGCGCAUGGGCCCGCCGCAAUGCAACUCCGCCACCAUCCCCUUCCCACUCAUCACAACCGUCCAUCACACUCCCCGGCGCUGAUCAGCGCAUCGUGCUCUACUUCACGAGCCUCCGCGUCAUACGCAAGACCUUCGAGGACUGCAGAGCCGCCAGAUCGAUUCUCCGAGGCUUCCGCAUCCCGAUGGACGAACGAGAUGUAUCGAUGGACGGCCAGUUCUUAGACGAGCUGCAGGAGAUCAUAGGGUGUAAGAAUUUUAGCCUACCAAUAGUUUUCAUUGGUGGGAGAUACAUUGGUGGGGCCGAGGAGAUCAGACAGCUGCAUGAGAGUGGGGAGUUGAAGAAAUUGAUAGCGCGGUUGCCGGUGGUCGACCCGAAUGCAUGUGAUCUAUGUGGAGGACUUAGAUUCAUUGUAUGUGAACGGUGUGAUGGGAGCCACAAGUUGUACAUAGAGAAAAUCGGGUUCAGGAGCUGCACGGUCUGCAAUGUGAACGGUCUGAUCAGGUGUCCUUCUUGUUCUUCCGUGCUCCAGCGCACCCCCAAGAAAUAAAUAAGCUUCUUUUGGUGUUUUUAAGCAAUAGAGUUGCUUACUGUUAUGUUAAAUUAGACAUCACGGGAGCUAACUGUAUCUAAACUAAUAUUAAUGGACAGCUCAUUUCGCUACAGACAAUAUUAUGCUUUUAUAUGUAGUCGGCAAAUGUGAUUUGUAAUUGUAUGUCCAGUUGGAAAUAGUUGUCAUCUUCAUGAUUUCAAGAUCAAUUGAAGAUGUU